UGGCCAAAUGAUUUUGUCGCCAGCCAAUCGGCGCCAUUAAUGGCAAAUCGUUGUUGUUCUCGUUCGUUCUGUUACGAACAUAAACAUUGAAAAUUCCAUACAAUUUCGUCUUCACGAUUUGUGCAUAAAUUAUAGAUCAGAUAAGGAAUAAUGUGAGGAAAGAGGAAAGGAAACAUGGCUGCGGUGUCUUUGGCGAUGCAGACGAUCAGGUCGCAUUUGAGCGAUGUCACUUGCUGCGAUUUUGGCAAAAACUUCACCCUCGCCUCCGGUUCUAGUGACAAGUCGGUGCGAGCAUGGGAAUGGUCACCAGGGCAUGGAUAUCGAGAGGUGGCUUUUUCCCCAAUUGGUCACCACACUUACGGGGUCACGGACGCUCGCUUUUCUCCUCAGGGAACUAUGCUGGCAACUUCAUCCAUCGACGGGUGCACUGUCCUAUGGAAUAUCAGGACUGGCUGCAAAAUCCACCACUUUGUUCAGCCAAGUGGCAAUGCAGUAAGGGUGUGUCGGUUCACACCGGACUCAACACAGCUGGUCACUGGAGGGGACGAUGGAACUGUCUGCUUCUGGAACUUGGCUCACCGAUCUCUAGUCAGGACAAUCAAAGCGCAUGAGGAGACCGUGCAGGCACUGUCUGUAUCGCCUGAUUCUAGUUUCGUUGCAUCAGGAUGCUCACAGGGUAUUUUGCAUAUCCAUGACAUUGACGAUGGCACCCUGCUGGCCACUCAGGAUGGAGCCCAUGACAUGGGGAUCACUGCUGCUGACUUCAGUCCUGUGCCCAGUAACACAAGGCCAGGUGUGAAGAAGGUGCUUCUCUUAGCUACCUGUGGCCACGAUCAUUUGAUCCGCUUAUGGAAUGUCCUUGUCUAUAAGAGCAGGGUUCUGCUGGAAACAGCCAAGACAUUGCUCGGCCACUCGUCAACUGUGUUGUGUGUCCGCUUUGACCCUAGUGGCACUCAUCUGGCAUCGGGCGGUCUUGACAAGACCCUUCGAGUGUGGGAGGUGGGCUCAACUAAGUGCAUCAGGGUGCUCGAAGGUCACGACCGCUAUGUGACAAGCUGCAGCUUCUCUCGUGACGGCUCUUUACUUGCCUCAGGUUCAAACGACAAGAGCGUCAAACUCUGGGACAUCUUUGGCCGAGUGACCUUGGAAUCUGUACUUGUGCCUGCUGCCGCCUCUGGCUUGUCAGCUGAAUUCAAUCACGGAAAGCUGGUGGAGGAGCGGUCAGCGUCUGAGAUUAAGCUAUUGCAGAAAAUCGACUGUGGAGUAGCGGUCAAUUUUUGCCACUUUGCGCCUGGCUCGAACAAUGUAUUGGCAGCAGCCACAGGAGAAAAAUUUGUUAAGAUUUGGCAACAAGAAAGCUCGGGCCGGUUCAGGGAGGCUACCUAUUCUCCGAUUGAGGCGCACCGCUAUUCUGUAAACAAAGUGGAGUUUUCGCCUGAUGGCAGUCAACUUUCUUCUUGCUCAUUGGAUGGAAGUGCCAGCCUGUGGAAUGCAGAGAAUGGGCAAAGAUCAAAUCCUUCUCUACAGAGCAGUGGUGCUGGGGUGCGCACCUGCCGCUUCUCGCCCUGCGGAAGAAUGGUGGUCACUGGUGGUGAUGACGAACGAGCACUCGUUUGGAGCAUACCGGACGGUACAGCAAUCCAGGUGAUGGAGGGUCACACUGAGGCUGUGACUUGUGCUGCAUUUUCUCCAGACAGCAAACUGUUAGCAACUGGAGAUCUGGUUGGUUCAAUGAGAAUCUGGGUUAUGCAAAAGAGCAAUAAGCCUUGCAGCAUUCAAGUAGUUGAGUCGGCUCAUGAUCUUGGCGUGCAAACCUGCGAUUUCUCCCCAUCGAGAGGCUCAAAUGAUGGUGGGCACUACUCUUUGGCAUCGGGUGGAAAUGACGCAUUGGUUAAAUUGUGGGCGCUGAAAUUUGUGCCUGGUGGCUGUUCUCAAAUAAGUCUUUCCCGGACCUUCAUUGGUCAUGGAGGAACCGUCACAUCGGUCAGAUUUUCGCUCAGUGGCCAGUUACUGGGGUCGGCUGCUUCUGAUAAAACUGCUAGAAUCUGGAAUGUGGUAACUAAAAUAACCUUACUCUAUCAAGGAGAGUGCCUGUUUGUUUUGGAACUUCAUAGCAGCAUUGUUACAAGUUGUGCGUUUUCUUCAGAUGGGUCUCUAGUUGCGACAGGCUCUUUGGACAAAUCCGUGAUAAUUUGGGAAAUGCCUCGAGACUUGUUGGUGCGCAACCAAGCUGAGGAGAGUCUUCGGGGGCGCAGAGGAAGGGUUGAGGACUGGACAAGCAAAGAUAUAACACGGUGGCUGACGUGGAUCGACUUGCCUCAAAUUCCUUUCUUACGCUAUCAACAUCUGACUGGCAACGACAUUUUGAACUCUACUAUCCAAACUCUGGCUAGUGUUUUUGAACUAGACGGUGAAGCACAUUUGAGGGAGCUGGAAAAGCAGCUGUUUUGGCUGAAACAUGAGAAUGUGGGCAGUAUCGAAGAUAUUUCAAACGUGCCUCACGAACUUUUGUGUCCCAUUACCCAGGAGAUCUUUAGAGAACCUAUUAUUUGUGCCGAUGGAUUUUGCUACGAAAGGGCCGCAAUUGACGAAUGGUUCCUCAGUGGCAAAGUGAGCAGCCCGAUGACCAACCUGGACAUGACUAACACUGCCUAUGUUCCCAACAUUAAGCUGAGGGCGCAGAUUUGCAGCCAUUUGUACGGGGAGCCGUAAAAUCAAAUUAAUCUUUGACGACUUAAAAAAUUAUAGUGAGAUGAAGCGCACAGAUUUAGCUGUUAAGUUUUUAUCUUUCUUGGGAGAGUGCCACGUACCUGUGUGAUGAAAAGUUGUUUAAUUGAAAAUCAUUAUCAUUCCAGUGCUUGCUAAUUCAAACAGCUUUAUGCACAAGCAAUAUAAAGUUACAAUUAUGAAGUUUUCAGAAAAAAGUUAUACACAAGUUGCACAUGCUGAAAUAAUAAAUUUAAAGUUUCUUAAAAUCCACAACUUAAUGAUCGUUAUGUUCAGUACACAUCAGUCAACACGAUUAAUUUCUAUUUUUUGCCUGCUUCAUAUUUUGCUUUCUUGGAAGCAAGCUUGAUUUCCUCACGGGCCAUGUUUAUCAUUCUUUCGUGCCACACUUCAUACUCUUCAUCAUCGCUACCAUCGUCUUCAGACAUUUGAUAUUCUUCUGCAAUUAUUAUAAUUAUUUUUAUUAGGCUACCUAUAAUUUUAAAUUAUAUUAAUUAAGUAACCUUGAGCAUUUUUUUCAUUUA